UGGUGGGUGUGUGUUAACAACACCCGAUCACAAAGAACUGUGUUCAAGAAGUGUGUAGUGUGUAGGCACACCGAAUUCAAACUAAACAGCUGUAUGUAGGGCUGCACUCUGUGUGUUGUGUGUGGUAUCAAGAGUCUUUAUUGUGCUGGAUAUUUCAUACUCAAAAAGUUAUUGUGUAGUCUGGGGUGGCUCGAAGGGAAACUUACAGGGAAAUAGAAACACACAGGACUCGGCGGUGAGGAGCAAGCAAGAAGGACUGAUGGUCACACCUUUGAGCCAAGCAGAAUGUUGCGGUUACCUGUAGAAACGAGUUCGUCUUUCUCAUAACAAGGAUUAUCCUCCGAGGAGUAGGAGGAGGAGGCGAGCCUGUCAACUACAGAGUGUUUGUGAGCUGAGUGAUGUGUGCAUGGAGGCUGCAACAGUAACAGAGGAAUAGAGUCAGAAAGAAGGAACACACUAGAUUGUGGACGAAAGUACACACACACACACACACACACCACACGGCGGGACAGGUGUGUUUGCUUUAUGUGGAGACUGAGUUUGGAUCUAUGCUUGUUCUAAAAGGGAAACGAACGUGGAGCUCGAUUUAGAGGAUAAUGGGAAAGGACAGUGAUCGCAGAGGCAAAGGAGGCCUUGCUGCGUUGCUACAAAAAGCCAAGGAUUUUUCCAGCGAAUCACAACAGCAACAGUCACAACAGACAUCAGAUCAAAGUGAUCAAGCCAGCGGCUCCAAAAAGUCAUCCGGAAAGAUGUCCAGCUUCAUGAAAAAACUGAAAGACUUCACGGGCUUCUCUGAUGAGCCAGUGGCAGAUGAAGACGUGAUGUCUGACGCUGACCUUCAGAGGGACACAGCGAGGAAGCAGAGGGCAAUACAACACCACACAAAUCAGUUCUCUCGGGCUCUCACCAAACUAGAGAAGCUUCGAGAGGCAUACCAGGCAUCAAAGGCACACGCCCCGCCCAAACGCUACCAGGAGCUGAAGGAGAUGAUUAAAGCAGCAGUGGCUGACAAGUUCACAUGAUCACAUGAUGCUGUUGUAGUUGUAAUGCAAGGAAGUUAUGAGAGAGAGAGGGAGGGAGGGAAAGAGAGAGAUGGAAAA